GAAAACAAACAAUACAAAAACAAGGGAACUAUAAAUCAAAAUUCUGCUUGCAUCUGCAUAUAAAUCCCCCAUCUUUCUUUACAGUUCCCACCCCGUCUGAGAAUUGGGUCUUUGCUAAACCCGGAGGGAGGUAGGACAACAGAAACUAAGAGCAAAUAAUGUUGAAGUUCCUGUCCAAGGUUAAAAUUGAAUUCAAUGCGCUGGACCCACGGUUAGCCUCGUGCAUGGAGUUCUUGGCGCAGUGCAAUGCGCGGAAGGCCAAAGAGUCCAAUCCCAGUUGCCAGGUCCAAGUCAAGCGCCGCACCGACGAUUUCCCGCCCAAGAUCACCGUAACUUUCGUCAACGGCGUCGAGGAGACCUUCGACGCCACCUCCACUCCGGCCCAGCACAUCCGCAACUUGAUUCUCGAAAAGGGUCAGUAUCUCGAGACUGAACAGAUGUUUCGCGAAGCUGGUGAGAAGUGGCCUGUCGUUAUCCCUGACGUAGAGCUGCAGCAACCAUUUACUGGGAUCAAGCCAAGGAAAGCAGAGGAUAAGCAGCAGUGAAUUGCCAUUCAGCUUGUUUGAAUCAGUUUUCAGUGACAAGCAAUUAAAUAGGCAUAAUCUACAGAACUAGUGGCUGGCAUGUUUGUUCUCCUUCAUACGGACAUGUAAAAUUCUUGCUUGUUCCUUUAUUAGACCCUUUUAAGGCUGAAUGGUAAUUUCUCUCUGCUGGGGAAUAUGUUGUUUAGCUGUGGACUUAGCAGGAUAUAUUUUUCCUGUAAUAUUUAUGGUUUGGUUUGAAUUGUCACAAGUCA